ACAUCUAGCAAAUGAAUGGGGCCGAGGACACACAUCAAACGGUGGACGCUCCGCAGUUCCCGAGCUAAUGAACGUGGAUUAGAAAGGAUAUGUCCUUACUGCUUCCAGUUCCUGGUUCCUGACAGCUACCGAGUGCGUCUCAAACCAAAGAUGAAAGUGUCUCCACAGAUAGAGAAAGUUCUUAAGCGAGAGGCAAAGAACCAUAAACUUAACAUGAAACAGACAAAGCUUUUGAAAAAGUACAGGGAGUCAAGCAGCGUUCUGCUAGUUACUUGCAAAUCAUGCAACAAAACAACAAGACAUUAUGGUAAAAGCAGGGAUUUUCUGUCAACCAAGACACAGAAUUCUGGCACUCCAAGUAUUAAAUCUAGCCUCAAGACACCAGAUGUAAAAAUUCCAUCUUCAAAGAAAAUUACACCUGUAAGCUCCAGUAGUUCGGGAUCUAAAGGGAACGGUCCCUCAACACUUCCCAGAACAUGUCAAUCUGGACAGGCAACAACCAACUCUGCUUCCAAGACUCCCCGAAACUCCAAAUUUCACUUUUCUAAGCUAAAACGGAUGCUCAACCUAGAAGAAAAAGAGAGAAACCAGAAGGCAGAUUUCAAGACCUUCUUGACUUUACUUUAGUUCUGUAUUAUUUCAAAGUAAUAAAGAUUACAGCAAUAAAUAUCGUUCCAGUUCUAGUAAAUCAACAAAGCAGCGUGUCUAAAACUCAAGCCUGUACCCCGCGAAAGCAUAGAUCAUAUUUUUUUACAGGCAAGCUCGGUUUCAAAGAGUAGUGACUGCCUGCCAGAGGGAGAUGAGAACACAGCCACUCUAUUAUGCUUGGGAACCUUGAACGUGUUUUGCAGUUUCUGAUAGUCCAAGAAUUAAAAGCCAGGAUUUAUCCUUUGAGGAAGCCAGUGAUACCAGAUUGAUCAGUGGAUCCACCAGAACCAAGAGAUAGGUUGGCUGACCAGAAAGCAGUUUGGGAAUGGGGAGGUCACAGUUUGCUCCCCUUCACUGUCCCACUAUUAAGAUAAUUCAUCACAACAGAAUGUAAAAAAAUCUCACCCUUGCUUUGCAUGUUUGAGUAAAACAAAUACACACACACUGGCACCUUCUUCAGGUACAGUAUUUUCAAGGGUCUAAUGCAGUGUCCUGUAGUGUCACUGUAUUUUGAUAGCUGUGGCAAUUUAAGCGCAGCCUUUACAAAGGUAAAUUACUUUUUAAGACAGCACUCAUAUACAGAGAGAGAAAACUAUCACCAGAUUUAAGUUUCUUCAUUUUCAUAAGAAUGUUCUCCAUGAUUUGGACUGCAGAUGGUAUGUGUCCCAUGAUAACACAGAGCCUUGGGUGUACUAAUUGCACUCAGAUGUGGGAUGCUCUCAGUACCAACUGAGAACUCCACACUAGACUGGUACCAGCACCCUGAUUAGUUACUGAUAGAAGAGUGGCACAGUCAUAAAGAAGAGAGGAUACUUCUUUUCCAGUUGCUCUGGUGCUACCAAAAUGGGUCACUUUUGUCUCGUAAAAAUGGCCGAGUUCUGAGAACCUCUUUCUUAAGUAUCUUUCAGUUUUGUCAGGCUUCAGAGUUGCUUCCUUUCUGGACUUCAGUCUGGAAAACUAGUAUUGCCCUGGACAGUAGAGAAGUCGUUUUGAUGGGAAAAGGUGAUUGUCAAGAUUAAAGCAGUCUCCAGUGUUAGAUUUUCAAUUUAAGUUUGGUACAGAGAUGAGAGAGGACAGUAUAUAAAGUCACUGUUCAGGACUGAGGUCAUAGCCCGUCCUGCAUACAGUCUGCAGUGGUAAAUUCUUCAGAUUUCCCCUCUGAAAAAGAGAACGCAUAGUUAAAAACAUUUACAUACUUGAAUUUAAAUGUCUGUAUUUUCUUUUUUUUUUUUUUUUUUUUUGCUAGUCUAGUAAAUAGUUCCUUUUAAGUGUUUUCAGACUCAGUGAACAGUGCUUAACAAAACUGGACCAGCAAAUAAGUGGGCAGACUGGAAAGCAAUCCAGGGCAGGGGAGAAUAGUUUGUUGUAAAUUGCACAUACAGUCUCAAAGAUUGGCAUGUAACCUUUUUAUAUCUCCUGUACACUUGCACAAUAACUGAAAGGUUCACUGCCAUUUGUCUCUUAUGUAUGUGUAGGAUCAAAUUAACUGUCAUUCUUUGAUCAAAAUACAAACCUUGGAGUGAUGCCUUUUCCAGUGUAGAACUUGGCAUUACUUCACCUGUUGCUGUAUUUACGAUCCAGUCCUCUGGAAAAAUACUUCAAUCUUAUUGACGGAAAAUGUGCAUUAUACAAAAGUGUUUGAAAAAACAAGUUUUGCAAUAAAAUUUCCUGUUAAAAGUA